CAUAAAAAACGUGUUUACAGUUUGCGAGUCAUAUCUAAUCAGCUGUUAUUGAAACAGUGAAUGAAAACAAGACAUUGUGUGCAGACAUUAACCAGAUUUCCUGUGAUCACAUCACCAGCGGAUCAGUUGAACAGACACCCCGACCAUCACCACAACCCACGCCAAUGCCCAACGUAUUGCUGACAGAGUCGAUAGCCGUGGAGUUGGGCGGAUCUGAUCCGUGGCCGGACAACGUGCAGCUGUUCCAGCCCUUCGACUCCGAGCAGAUCCUACUGCCAGACGUGGCGGCCGUGCGGUCGGUGCAGGCCUUCCUCCGCAUGUGUGCCCUACCAUUCAGUGUGGACCAGAGGGCCAACGCCGAGCAGAUGUCCCCAUCCGGUGCCAUACCGUUCAUCAAAUGCGGCGCUUUUGUCAUCGCAGACAUGGACCCCAUCGUGGCCUUCGUCAACACCAAAGGCAUACAUCUUAGCCAUCACUUGGACUCGUCCCAGAGGGCCGACAUGAGGGCCUACAUGUCGCUCGUCAUCAAUGUCCUCCACUCGGCCGAGCUCUACAUCACGUGGACUCACGAGUACACGUAUAACACCAUAACAUACCCGCGCUAUUCGUUCGCCACUCCCUUCCCGUUGGAUCGCAUCCUCUGCUGGAAGAAGCGACGCGCCGUUCAGGCGGCACCCAAUCCAUCGGGGAUUAGGAAGUUGGACUCAAUCUCGUGGUCGGACAAGAAGUUAGUGGAUGUUUACGAUGAGGUGGACUCGUGCUGUCAGGCACUGGCCGAACGACUGGGCACUCAGUUGUACUUCUUUGGCGAUAAGAAGACCGAAUUGGAUGCUCUGGUCUACGGACACGUGUCCGCCAUUCUCAUCACUCCAUUACCCGACACCAGACUUAAGGAUAUUAUCAAUUCCUAUCCAACACUUAUUGAACACUUCAGACGCAUUGAUAACGACUAUUUCAAGAAUUAUUAGCACAUGUUUUCAUGACAUAUAUAGUGUACAAAUAGAUUCCCCAUAUAUAGUGUACAGAUUGUGGUUAUUCUGUAUAAUUUAGGCAUAGCUUAUACUGUCUGUAGACUUGUUUUCGCAUAAAAUGUCUUAAAUUUUUGUUUAAAUUAAUUGUUUGUUUAAUGAAUACUCCGUUUAUAGUGUACUGAUGUUGUCUAAAGUAUAUGUUUUGUUUUGCAUUUCAUUAUACGGUAAUUACCGGUUGAGCCCAAUAAUAGGUUGUUUAUAUGACAGUCAACUCCAGGUAUUGUUUGUAGGAAUUGAAAAAGUUUUUUGGUUUAUUUUUAAGAGUAUUCUGUGUGCUAUAAGUGUAGAGAAUCGCAUAAUAUAUGCAAACAAUUGUGUACACUAUAUAUAGUGAUAUGAAUCCCUUUAAGGGAUGUUAACUUUAAUUGCAAUUAUCAUUUAAUUUUCCAC